CUUCUUUUGGUCCUGAACUGAUGAUGCUGAUGAGGAUGGGGUGGACAAUGCUGGUGGAGAUGGCUAUGGGCUGAAAGAAGGUGUUUGUUUGUUUUUAUGCUAAUGGAGUUGAUGCUUCUUUCACCAUAAACUCAACUCACCCCUUGCAGACAUGUCUAGGAAUUCCUUCUCAAAGAAUGGGAUCUCUGAAGCUCUGAGCACUCCUAUCUUCCAGGUGUCUAGAGGAACCACAUCAAGAAGAAGCAGGCUGAAGAGAUCAGAUGGAAGCACGACCUCCACCAGUUUCAUCCUCAGACAGGGUUCAGCAGAUUCUUACACAAGUAGACCAUCAGACUCCGAUGUGUCUCUGGAAGAGGACAGAGAAGCGAUCCGGCAAGAGAAAGAGCAGCAAGCCGCAAUACAGCUUGAGAGGGCCAAGACCAAACCGGUGGCGUUUGCCGUAAAGACGAAUGUAAGCUACUGCGGCGCGCUGGAUGAAGAUGUUCCCGUACCCAGCACUGCCAUCUCUUUCGACGCCAAGGACUUUUUACACAUUAAAGAGAAAUACAACAAUGACUGGUGGAUAGGGAGGCUGGUGAAAGAAGGCUGUGAGAUCGGAUUCAUCCCGAGUCCUCUGAGAUUGGAGAAUAUCAGAAUUCAGCAGGAGCAGAAGAGAGGACGUUUCCACGGAGGUAAAUCAAGUGGGAAUUCAUCUUCAAGUCUUGGUGAAAUGGUAUCGGUGACUUUUCGAGCAACGCCCCCCUCUGCCGCCAAACAGAAGCAAAAAGUGACUGAACACAUUCCUCCUUACGAUGUUGUGCCAUCCAUGAGGCCUGUCAUUCUCGUUGGUCCAUCUUUGAAGGGUUAUGAGGUGACGGACAUGAUGCAGAAAGCUCUUUUUGACUUCUUGAAGCACAGGUUUGAUGGGAGGAUAUCCAUCACUAGAGUAACAGCAGACAUUUCUCUGGCCAAAAGAUCUGUUCUAAAUAAUCCAAGCAAGAGGGCAAUAAUUGAACGAUCAAACACCAGAUCUAGUUUGGCUGAAGUACAAAGUGAAAUAGAAAGAAUCUUUGAGUUGGCGCGAUCUUUGCAACUGGUUAUUUUAGACGCGGACACCAUUAAUCAUCCAGCACAACUAAUGAAGACAUCACUAGCGCCGAUAAUUGUACAUGUUAAAGUAUCAUCACCGAAGGUGCUGCAACGACUCAUUAAAUCCAGAGGAAAAUCCCAAACCAAACACCUAAAUGUCCAAUUAGUAGCAGCUGAUAAACUUGCGCAGUGUCCGCCUGAAAUGUUUGAUGUCAUUUUGGAUGAGAAUCAGCUGGAGGACGCAUGCGAACAUCUUGCAGAAUAUCUAGAAGCGUAUUGGAGGGCUACCCAUACCACAAGCAGCACCCCCAUGACCCCUCUACUAGGAAGAAAUCUGGGAUCAGCAGCCCUUACGUCAUACCCUACAGCCAUCUCUGGAUUACAGAGUCAACGUAUGAGGCACAGUAACCAUUCUACUGAAAACUCUCCGAUAGAAAGAAGAAGUUUAAUGACCUCAGAUGAAAAUUAUCAUAACGAAAGGGCUCGGAAGAGCAGGAACCGCUUGUCUUCCAGUUCUCAGCAAAGUCGUGAUCAUUACCCCCUUGUGGAAGAAGAAUACUCUGACUCGUACCAGGACACUUAUAGGCCUCACAGAAACCGUGGAUCUCCUGGAGGAUACAGCCACGAUUCCAGACACAGGCUUUGAGUUUUUAGAACUUGAGAAAAAAAGAGUAAUGACCAUCAACCCAUUUGCUGUAGAUUUCGCUGACAAUGCAUGCUUCUCCUAUGCGUUGUCGGUCAAAGUGUCCACAAAGGGGUUAUGUGAUUUGCCACAAUAUACAGUAGAUAGAAUAUCAAAACCAUUUUAUUUUGUCAGGUUUUAGUAUCAUUUGACGCUCUGCCGGAGGCAAAAUAUUUAACAUACCCACAUCUAUAUAUAAAGUGUAGGUAGAAAUGUAUUAUUUAGUAUUCCUGUUCACAGAUCUUUUACUAAAACAUUGGUAUCAGAGCAGUA